AUGAGCUGGCGACGAGCGCGAUCCUUACAACUCCCACCAUAAACGUUCGAGGCUGCUAUAUCUCCUCUCACUCUGAUAUCUGGUCCGCUCAGCAGAGGAACAAUACUUAUACCCAAAGUAUACUAUCCGCUUGUGACCAGCUGGUACACAGUCUUGCUUCACGUCCCAACGUUAGUCGCCUACGUUGGCCUCCAAGGACUACUUCUCAUCCUCAAAUGAGAAAGUGUGCACUGUACAGACCCGUAUACGAAUCAUGGCACCCCUCGAUAACAUGCAUUUCGGAUGUGCAUCUGCUUCGACUUUCAGCAGUCUCGAGGAUGUACGCUACGAAGGCCUCGGGAGCCUGGAUCUUCCUUCCCGUCCCGGACUGGCCGCGUACAAUCCCCAACCAACGAGGCUCAACCAUCUUUCACUUUUGCAUAGACUUCCGAACGAGAUCGUAGCCUACAUUUAUUCGUUCCUCGGAAUGAGAGACUUGUUGAAUGUAACCUGGGUCUGCAGAUACUGGCGAGAUGUGGCGCUAUACCAAGCGACCCUAUGGUCGAAAGACCUUCUCCUCUUUCCCAGUGCCACAGCGGAUCUUCUGGCCAGGUCUAGCUCCACGCCCCUUGAAGUUGCGGUAGAAAUGGACUGGGGAAGCGCUACCAAUACUCAAACCUAUAGAAACUCCGUCGCUGCUCUCUUCCGGCAUGUUCAUCGCUUUCGGGAGCUAGCUAUAAUCGGCCCUUCGGACAGAAAUCGGCAGACACUUCAGACCCUUGGGCUUAAUCACGCCCCCGCCUUAGAGUCCUUCAUUGUUGAAUGUCUAGGUGGAGAUAUUCUCAUCUUAGACUCUAGUAUAUUUCAUGGAAAUAUGCCACGUCUCCGUAGCGUCACCGCGAACAAUGUCAAGAUCCCUUUUCGAUCGCCGCUUUUCUCCCCGACCCUUCGACAUCUUACGCUCUCAUUCUUCGGAUACUCCACCGAAUACAAACACUUUUACUCCGAGCUUCUCGCUUCGCUGGAUUGUCUGAGGUCCCUCGAAUCCUUUCGACUCCUACUGUCUUCCAGCGUUCCUUCACCAAUCCUUGAACAUCCCGUCGUGGCACUACCGCAUCUUCAUGCAUUAUGCCUUCACGGCGGCGCUCUACAGAAUCGAUGGUUCUGGGACCAUAUUGAGACACCUGCCCUCGAGCAUCUCUGCAUGGAGACCACGAUCGACUCCGAUGCUACCCUUGUAUCUCAGUCCGGCCUCGUUAUACCCAGUCUAUUCCACCCUGAUACCGCCGCUUUCAAUGAAGGUUCAGCACAUCCGCUACGUACUGCGCGUAUCGUCGUCGGUCACAAUCAGAUGACUCUCACCGCCUGGGCCGAACUCUUGCAUCCCAUAGCCGCACCUCCGCUGAUCAAUACCCGCGAGCAUCACACAACACCCCUUCAUCUCUCCUUCCAGGUCCCCGGCAAUGCUUCCCUCAGUAUGGAUAAAGUAGCCGCAACGCUCAUACCUCGUCUGCAACUCGCAAACGUUCGCCUCCUUCACCUUCAAACCCCCAUAGAGUCCCGCUUUCCUAGCAUGUUCGUCAGCACUCCAUUAUCCUCGCCCGGGUUCGCGAUGAUGCCAUCUUUCACUUCCCUCGACCACCUCGUCAUCCAGAACGAUACGGUGAUCCGUCCAUUUUUCGAGUGGUUAUCGCAGCAAAUGUCGUCCGCGAACAUUAUGGCUCCCGGAUUCGCUCUGCCCCUACCGAUGCUACGUCAUCUGGUCCUCGUCUCGGGCACCUUUCUCCCUGGUUCUGCCAUGGGCUCUCGACAAGCGUGCAAGGCGCUCUCUCGCUAUCUGGUCAUGCGGCGGACACAAGAUACGACGGUAGAGACGGUAGAGACCGUGCGUUGCCAUUUGGACAGUGAAUGGGUCGAGUCCAUGAAACCGCUCGUCUCGUCAUUGAUCGUCAAUGGCAAACACGUCACCUCGUAG